AGCUGUUUGGAUAGGUGAUGUGUAAUGGAAGAGCUGGAGUGAAAAUAAGAACAUUAGAGAAGGAAAAACUAAAGGAAGAAAGUCGAGAGAGAGAGAGAACGUAUAGAGAGCAGGGAGUACAAAAACCCAUAAUUUAAGUCCAACAUAAAAAGGCGAAGUUCUAUAUUUUUGAUUUAGCAGCGCGAUCAAGGCAGGGGAUGGAUGGAGAUAUGUAUAUGAAACACCGGUUGAUUCAUUAGCAAGCAUAACUGAAAAGGUUGAAAUCCGAGCAGCUCGAAGAAGAAGAGAAAAGGAAAAAUGGGGAGCAGAACAAAUUUCUACAAGAAUCCUUCCAUCUCCUACAAGAAGGACCUGAAUCUCUCCUCCGCUCUUCAAAAUCUGAGAGCGUAUAACAUUGCUACCGGCAAUGCUCCUCCGACCGAUGUUCAAGUUCAACCACCUCCCCUCCCUGUCGCCAAGAAGAAUGAGUAUCGGAAACGCCGACGGGAGCCAGAAUUACCUGGUACUCAAAAGUAUGAUGUUGGAAAUAGUGACGGCCCUAUGUCUCAUCAAGAUUACAUUGAAAGGAGAAGAAAAGAAGCAAAUAGCUCUCAACCUUAUGAGACACUUACGGAAGAUGUUUUGGUAGCUUCCAGCUCGGGCUUGAACUUGGUCGACUAUGAAAGUGAUGAGAGCAUGUCUUCAGAUGGUGCAGUAAAGCCAGAUGAUCAAAAUUCCAGUCUCUUGAAUGAUUACGAGGAAGUUAAAAGCAAAACUGAGCAACGUUUUGCUGUUGCGGGAGAACCUGUUUGUGUAGUAUGUGGUAGAUAUGGAGAAUACAUAUGUGAUGAAACCAAUGAUGACAUCUGCAGCAAGGAGUGCAAAUUCAAACUUUUGGAAAUUCUUAAACGAGACGAGGAGUUCUCAAACUGUGAAGUGAAAGAUGUUGCAUUACCAGAAAGUAAAUAUAUCCUGCCUUCCCCAGAGUUAGGGGAGGACACCUGGGAUUAUAAGAACCAUCGCUGGUCCAAAAAGAAAUCCGAUCUCUGUACUUAUGAGUGCUGGAAAUGUCAAAAGCCGGGACACCUUGCUGAAGAUUGUUUGGUGAAAACCAGUAACCAGGUAAUGCAACAAACGACUUCCAAUCCUGUACCUGGUGAUCUCCUUGGACUAUACAAAAGAUGUUACCAGAUGGGAAAGAAUUUGUCAAAUGCACUAUGCAAUGAAUGCAGCUGCUCAUAUAGUUUGGCGACAUGUCUUGAUUGUAGCACUGUUUACUGUGACAGUGCAGGUCAUUUAAAUGAUCAUAUCCACACACACCCAACUCAUGGACUAUAUUACUCGCAUAAACUCAAACGUCUUGUAAAAUGCUGCAAAUCAACAUGCAGGGUGACUCAAAUCAAGGAUCUUCUAGUGUGUCAUUACUGUUUCGAUAAAGCUUUCGACAAGUUCUACGAUAUGUAUACUGCAUCAUGGAACAGAGCUGGGCUUUCAAUCAUAUCAGGUUCCAUUUGUUGCGAAGAUCAUUUUGCAUGGCAUCGGAUGAACUGUUUCAACGCAGAUGUAGAGGACACUGCCUAUAUCAUCAAUAGGAAACCGAAAAAAGAUAAGUCUGUUUCCAUUAGUGACUUUAUUUUUUGAAUCUCAAGAGCUCAAGCAAUUCUAACUUGUUCCUCCGUUUUACCUUUAGCUCCAGUAAAAGAAAAUCAUAAUUUUGUUCUUUAAAGCUCAUAGAUCUUCAAACCCCACUUUUCUUGUGAAUAUUAUGGAAAGAAAUGUGUAUUUAUUUGAUCCUA